AAAUAAAAUGAAUCAUAUGAGCGAACGUCGUCCGUAGUAUCAGACAAAAGUCGAUUAAAGUUGGUUAAUUUUCUGCUUAGGUUAGUUAAAUUGCUUAAAUUUCGUUUAAAUGAUACAUUGUGCGUUGAUUAAGUAAUAAAGUAAAUUUUUAUCAAUCCCUUUAACCAAAAAAAUUAACGUAGCAACAUUAUUAAUAUGUUAAUUUGCCUUACACGAAUUAAACGUAAUUCAGCUAUUCGACGAUCUAUGGAGAUAUCCGCUUCACAAUAAAUUUUUAAAGUAUCUGUUUCGAGGUACCUUCCAGCAUCAUGUUGCUCUUACAGUAAUUUCCAAUACUAGUCAUGAAAUGCUGUCCUUAACAUUGGGAUUGACGUUGAUAUUUUGAUGUGUGUCGUAUUUGUUGGCUAAGCAACUCGAUACCGGUAUUUCCAGCGUUAACAUACGUUGGUAUUAUUUCUAGAAAUGGACGCGGUAAGAGUAGACGAUGCUUCCUUUUGCCCUUCCCCUCCUGAAUUAGAGAGAAAAAACAAAGAUUUCCAAUUUUUACCAACACCAAAGAUCUCAUGUUGGCAAAUUUUUCUUCUUAACCGGAUUCGGAGUUUUCAAACAGCUGGUGUAUGGCAAAAUCUGGUAUACGAACUAAUCGACCGCCAGCAGCAGCCAAACGCGACACCGUAUCAUCAUUUUUCUUAUUACAUAAUGGAACCGAUGAUGGAAGAAAUGCGCGAAAUGUCUAUCACAAGAAUAAUAAGAUGGGUGAGCGCUGCGAUUAUGAUUUUCGGAGGCGUAAUUCCAUACAUUCCGCAGUAUCGAGAGAUUUAUUUGAAAGACGACGCCGAAGGCUUCUCCCUAUACGUUUGCCUCGCUUUAUUGAUUGCCAAUACACUUCGUAUACUUUUUUGGUUUGGUAAAAGAUACGAACUGCCAUUAUUGCUACAAAGUAUUGUAAUGAAUGUAAUGAUGCUAGCGAUGAUACACCUCUGUAUCAAAGUAAAAAAUAAAAAUACAGCGGUUCGUGGGCCGGAUCGAGUUUUUACAGAUUUUGACUGGCGAUAUUUUUGGCAAUGGACUGAUUUCCAGUCCUAUAUUGAUUUCUUAUUAGCGAUGAGCAUAGUUUUAUCCUUUAUUACAUUUUUAUUUCUUCACUCUCCUAUUUACGUAGAAAGUAUAGGAUUUUUAGCUUUAUUUACCGAAGCAAUGUUAGGAGUACCCCAGUUAUUGAAAAAUUUGAGGCAUAAGUCUACCGAAGGCAUGAGUAUUUUAAUGGUUUUAAUGUGGACAGGAGGUGAUGCGUUUAAAACGGUUUAUUUUGUGGUGCGACAAGCGCCUUUGCAAUUUUGGGUCUGCGGUUCGCUGCAAGUCUUCAUAGAUAUCAUCAUUCUAGGCCAAGUGUAUUGGUUUCGGGAUAAUUCUACAUUCCGUGCAUCUCGUCCAGACUGAUAAUGAUAAAAUUAGUUUAAUUCUAGACCUCUUCGGUAAUACUGGUUUUUUACCUCACCAUUUUACCCCAUUUUUCUUUUCUUUCUUUUUUUGAAAAAAAAACAACUUUAUUUUACAUAUUAUAGCCACCGUAGAUUCGUGGUAGUUUUCAUGGCCAAAAUAUUACGGAGUAACGCCUAGACUCGACAAGCGUUUGUUAAUUUUAAUUUUGUUGGCAUUUGUUAUUGUAAUAUUGUUAUGUACUAUUCUUUGAAAGAGAAUUUUUAGCUGACAUGCGCUAUUAUUUAUGUGAUAAUUAAUUUUUGUUUUUUCUAGUACAUAUAUAAUAGAGAACUCUCUAUUUCUUUUAUUUAUUUCGCUUAAGAAUUUCAUUUUCUUUUGUUUCGUUUCAAUUACAUUGUAUGUAUUUAUCAUUUUUACAAUUUUUUUCUCUUCCAUUUUCAUUUUAAAUGUAUUUUGAAUAGUAGUAUUUUAAUGUUAUUUUCUCGUUUUUUUUUUCUCUAAGUAAGAAUACUAUGUAAUCCAUUAAAAUACUCAUAUAUCGCAGGUAAAAUACUAUAUUGUACUACGAAACGACAUUUAUUUUAAUUUUUUGUUUCGGUUCCUAUCAUGUUAUUGUUUUAUUUAUAAAUACUAUUUUACCAUCAUCACCAAUUCAGUAUGCGCUUUUUUAAACAUUAUUUUUAAUAUUUUAUCGAGUAUUUUCUUCAUCUAUAUCGAUACCUUAUUUAUUUCUUUUUUUAAUUUGUUACAUUCUCUACUUGAAAAAUAAAUACGAAUUUCAACAUGUUUUUUUCUCCAACCAUUAUUUUUAUCCUACUUCGGCACAAAUUAUUAUCGCUUCGAAGUAGAUUUUCUUUUUUCAUCUAUACCUACCAUUUUUAAGUGAGCACCAAUUUUUCCCUUCUUUUCUUUCUUUCUCCGUUCAACUUUCGCUACGUCAGUUGGGUGCAAUGUUCCUAUUAGAAUUAGAUUUUAGAAUUUUUAUUUCUCUCUUGCUGGACUCGAGAAGAAAAAAUUGAUAAUUUAGAAAAACGCGAUACACCGAGCACUCGCUCGUUUAAUAAUGUAUGAUUUACCUACUACUGUGUAUUUUACUCAAAACUUCCGUUAACAUGAAGACACGCCUUUUUUUUGUGAACAUUUAAAAAUAUUUACGUAUACCUACCUACCAUUUCUUUGUUUUAUAUAGUUGUUGUUAGAGAUAUUACAAGAAAAUACACUUUUAACUUUUAACAAA